UUUUCCUAGUUUCCUGAAGUAGAAGAUUGGACUGAUUUAUGAUCUUUCUUACUUUUUAAUGAUAUUGGCAUUCUCCAUGAAGAGGCAACUUGAGUAAUGGACAUUGAUUUUGGCAUUUCUCCAAUUCACCUAAGCAUCCAUAGCCUUUCCUUCUGGGCUAACAGUUUUGGCUACUUAUUCAUGAUGCUGCUUCCUUGAUCACCAAGAAAAUCCACUGUUUAUCCAUUGGUCUCCAAUACUAGUACUCAAUUCUACUUUGUCUCACCUAAUUCUAGGAGAUAGAAUGGAAAACUACACGGAAUCACCACCUACCUUACAGGUUGAGCCUUCCUUUCCUCAGGCAGAGAAUCUGACUCUAUGGCCACAAGUGCAGUGUUCAACCAAGGAGAACCCUGCUAUGAGAGGCCAAGUCAUACCUUCCCUGGCUAUCCCAGCAAUGACUGUACCCUGCUUACUGGAGCAGCUCACCCAGUUCCAUGGUGACCCUGCCAGUCUCUCAGGGUUCCUUGCUCAAAUGACUACCUACUUGACAGCUCUACAGACCUCCAAUCCUUCAGAUGAUGCCAAGGUCAAGCUCUUUUUUGACUACCUGUCUCAGCAGUUACAAAGUUGUGGGGUCAUGUCUGGGCCUGACCAAGGCACUUUGCUGAAGCAAUAUGAGAACUUAGUUCUUGCAUUCCAGGGAUCAUUUGGUGACUCCACAAAACAAGAAAUGAACCUUCUGAUGAAUACUAAAGUUGACAAAGGAAAUAACUCCUUUCAACAGGACAUGACUACUUUCCAGCCCUUUGCUCAAAAUCUGAGCUCUCAUGAAACCAGUCAGAGUGGUCAGUUCCAAGAGGGAUUAGCUGACCCCAUCCAGGAUGAAAACAAUAUCACAGAUAUGAUAGACAACCUCCCAGACCUGAUCACUCAGUGCAUUCAACUGGACAAGAAACAUAGUAACAGACCAGAGCUCCUACAGUCAGGGAACCAGCUCUCAGCGCAGGAUCCCCUGAUCCACCACCAAGCCUUCUCCAGCCCCAUAAGUCUGCUACCCAAAGAAGAGCCUAUACAGCAGCGAGGAAUCCAGCCACCUCUCACCCCAGCCAAACGAGCCCGCCAGCAAGAAAUUCAGUUGUGCCUCUACUGUAGCCAGUCAGGUCACUUUACAAGAGAUUGCCUUGCCAAACGUUCUCGAACCCCAACAAGAACAAAUAACACAACUCACCAGUAA